AUGCCAGUUGUAUUUGCAUCAUAUUUACAGCUUCCUUUUCCUUAUAUCUACACAAAUAAAUAUCAAUUACUGUUUGUGGCUGUGAUGAACAUCGCAGCUGCGUAUUUACUGGGCUUUCAGUGUUCACUACUAUCCGAAUUUCCCGCAAUGAAUAUAGAGCGAGCUGUGCGUCGCUAUUUGGAAGAAAAACUGCAAGUGAAUGGUGACAACCACAGCGAUAAUAUUAAAAUGUCGGAGUUGUUAACAAAUGCCCAAGUAAGUGAGCCGGUACGAGGGAUAGGCGAGCGCUGA